GGCACAAAUUCGUCAAUCGUCAAUCUAUAAGUUCGUUUGGAAGGAUGGAGGAUCCAUCACUAGCUUGUUAACGUUAAACUUUUCUCUUUUGUGGUGAAUUUGUAAAUAAUCUGCAAACAAAAUGAUCGGUAACGCCUGCCGGGAGCUGUACUGUCUGGAACAUGGCAUCCGCCAGCCCGACGGGCAGAUGGCCUCCGACAAGACCGUGGGCGGCAGCUUCAACAACGCCUUCUUCAGCAAGACGGGGGCGGGCAAGCACGUGCCCAGGGCCGUGUUCGUCGAUUUGGAGCCCACUGUUGUAGAUGAAGUGAGGACAGGGAUCUACAGGCAGCUGUUCCACCCGGAGCAGUUGAUUACUGGGAAGGAGAUUGUGGAUUUGGUUUUGGACAGGAUUAGGAAGCCUGCUGACCAGUGCAAUGGACGACUACAAGAACUCCAACAGUCAGAACAUUUCUGCUUGGACUUGGAGCGCCUCUCCGUCGACUACGGCAAGAAAUCGAAGCUCGUGGAGCCCUACAACUCCAUCCUGCCCACGCACACCACGCUGGAGCACUCGGACCGCGCCUUCAUGGUCGACAACGAGGCUAUUUAUGACAUUUGCAGGAGGAAUUUGGAUAUCGAGAGGCCCACCCACUUACACCAACUUGAACAGCAGGCUCAUUGGUAA